AUGACGGAAACAUCGCAAGCCAGGGCUGCUCAGCCUGAAUACACCGAUUCGCAGAAGGAGGAGCUUGUGACCAAGAUUUUGGAUUUGCAAGAAGCCUUAAUGGCAACCCUCCAACGCGUCGAAUCGACCCGCAACGACCACAGCCGGCUGACGGCCGAGAACCAGAUGCUGCUGCAGUACGUCAAUAACCUCAUGUCGACGACCGGGCCGCCUGUGCCGCAGCGGAAGUAA